AUGAGCAAGGCGGGUCAAGCGGUGCGCCGAGGACGGGAAAGAGGACGCAGCAGCAGCAAGGCGUCGCGUGUGCACGUCGCAUCCUCUGGGUCUGGCGCGCGCGGCGACACUUUUUACAGCGUUGUCCCUCCGGCUGGUUUUGGGCUGGCGUUGGCAUCGGGGUCAUCUGGAGCCGCGGCAAGAGGACCUGCAAAGCACGGCACAGGAGCAGCCUCAUCGGCGGACGGUGUGUGGUCGAGACAAGAAAGUCAUUCAAGUGCUGCGUUGACAUCAGGCCGGUCCUCAUCACUCUUGUCGUCAUCUAGCAGGAGUCGGUCUCGAUCUCGGUUUCGGUCGGGCUCGAGCGAGCGUGCCUGCCAUUCAGGAAAAAGCGACCACUCGCUUGGCGACAUCGCGAGCCCACCCAGUCCGCGAACCUCGGGACGGGGGAGUUUCAAUCUGAAGCGUGGAGCAGGUGACGAGGGCUCCAUAUCAUCCUUCUCGUCGUCCGACCUUGCUGCUGUGAAAAGACUGCUCAAACAGGAUGUGUUUGCCUACCCGACCGUUGUCGAUUCGCAGGGAGGCGACACGCUGCAAGAGACGGCCAGCGAAAACCACUUUAUGGUGCUGAUUGCAAUCACGCAGCCGCACACGGACGAGCCUAGUUCAGACGAAAGCCCCACCAAGCGACAGCAGCAACAUCUAGAUGCGUCCUGCGCAACCGCCCUAAUCGGUGCGUUUGCUUGUCGCGCCGAGAUGGCACACCUGCCGCCACCUGGUCUGUCUAUGGAGUCGCAGGGAGAAAAAGAAACCAGCGCUGGCACAAGCUUCGCCAGGGACAUCAACAACUUUUGUUUGCCCUCCCGGACGCUCGGACAAUGGGCCGAAAGAAGCACAAGCCUGGACGAAAGCACGCGAGCCCCUUCAUCCGUAGACCCGGAUCGGCGGUCCGAGGCGUCGAGCGCGUGCACCAGCAGCGCUAUUAGCGAACCUCACGGACCACCGCAGCAGGAUUUAUCGUUUUCCAUAACUCGACAGGUGACGGUGAGUCAAGGCAGCAGUAAGAGCGCAGGGGGGAGGACGAGCAGUAGUACGGGACUCACGGGUGAAUCGUGUAGCCGCUUGACCGGGGAUCUCCGGCUUCCCAGUCUUGCCGUUACGCCACUCGCAGCGCUGGGCGACCUCCAUGAGCCGAGCUCCCGGGCAGGGCUUGCUGGUGUUGAGCAGGCGCCCCAGGCGCAUCUUCAUUUUGGUCUCCCGCUGCCGUCGUCAGCGUCGCCACGCCAAAAUUCCACGCAGUCACUGUCGCCGAAGCGCGGUGGGCGCGGCAAAGGCGCUACAUCUUGGACCAUAAGUGGCACAGCGACUAGCGCCGGUACUAGCACCUCCGCAGGGCGGGCGGAAAGUGCUUUUUCUUCGAUCUCCUCUUGCAGCGGCGGCAGUACGCCGCUUCCUUUCUACCCACAGAAACUCCUCCAGAGUAGAGAAACGCAUUCUGCAGCAGGAAAAAGCGGAAACGCUGCCUGCAGCAGAAUGCCCUCCAGAGAGAGAACAGCUGCUCCUUCGCGAGCCGCGGGUCUUCACUCACCACAAGCUCCGACCGUCACUGUCAAAUUGAUGAUGAAGAACGGGCGGCACUGGCAGCCUGCGGACCAGGACACUCUUUCCACUGCGGGCGCGCGCCGCGUUCAGCUGGAGCAGCUUUGGGCGGAGGCGGUGCCGCUCAGGAACGUGUUCGUCCUGCAAAAGCGGCUCAUCGGGGACGAUCCUCUCACGCGCGGCGAAAUCGAGCCGACAGCGCGAAUGACCCGCAAGGCGAAGGAGCAGAUACUCGGCUUUUCUCAAUACUACACCUCAGUCGCGCAAAUGAAGUCCGCGGCCGCUUUUCGCCCAGUCGAAGUGCCGCAGAGUCAGCAGCAGGCAACAGACUCUAUGGUCGCCGAAAGGGCUGCCGCUGCGAGUUCUGCUUCUGGGCAGGGGCAACUUCCACAGCGCCAGCAGUGCGAACCUGAACACGAGGACCUGCUACCCCCGGUCACAGCGGAAACGGCAGGCGUUUCUGCUGUAAAAAGUCGGAAUGCUUGUUUGCGGAACACUCCGCAAGCCGGUGUAACGGUCCCGGAGUGGUGGCAGUGGCACCGUCGCUCGCUCUGGCCAGGCGAGGAGGACGACGGAUCAAGAUUUAUGGCGGAGGAUGACGUAUUGAUGGGAGUGCUGUGCCGAAAUUUUGACGAUCAGUCGGAAGAGGACGGUCCUCUUCCAACGCAGUGA